AUGGCUCCCGGUUUGAAGGGUCACCUCGGAGCCGGCCGAGCGGCGCGAAGGACGGACGCCGGACGGGAAGUGAGGCGCUCGAGCGCGGGGCGGCGAGCCGCAGCGGCGGGGAUGCUCGCCCACUGUCUGCUGUCUGCGGGGAUGCUGUCGCUUCUUGUCCGGUGCGCUGUGGCCGCAGAGGAAAAAUCCCCCGAUGAUGCUUCCGGCUCCUGGUCUUUCCCAGUCACCGCUGCUCCUGCUUAUCCAUCGGCUGACCUGCCCGUGGCGGAGGAGGUGCCUUUCUCAGUCGUCCAUUCAGAUGGCGACUCAGAGACUGAGGGCAAAGGUUUAUCAGGGCAGCCGGCCUUUUCUUCCGUCUUAACCGUCAUGGCAGGAACUGUCAAACGUCCAGUGAGCCUUGAUCAAAGUAGAACCUCGCCGACCAUCACCAGGGACGAGAUCCGCACCACCCAAUGGCCUUCGCAUAGUUCCAGCCACGGCUCAGAGAUGUCCUCCUCGUCUUCGCCUGUGGGAGACGUGAUCACCCUCACCACCUCAGGGGCGGGGUCAGAGGAGUUAACUGCUGGAACAUCCAGAGCAGUUGCGCACACUUUCGCCCCCUCCCACUCAGCCAGAAUCCCCCUCUCUGCUGGGCCCACCGAGAGGACACCUCAGGUAUCACCUCUGCACCCUCGCCAGGACCUCGCCACCACAACUGUAGCUUCAACCGCCAAAACUAAACGCCCCACCACGCCCACGCCUUCCCCAAGAGUCACCGCCGUGAACACACAGCCUAUCACCACCACCACGGCGCGGCCUGCACCCGUCACCAGGAGGACGACCACCACAACAACGAGGACUCAAACCAGCAGGAGGACAUUCACGCCAACUUUUCCCAGAACGCACCCUCCCAGGGAGACCUCCGGCAUCUUCGUAUCCCCUUUUACCACCACCACAGAGGCGCCGCCACAGCAGUGUAACAUCACAGAGAGAUUGUGGGUGAAAACAGUUGUUUCCAUUUAUGUGAGAAGAAACAGGCUGGACAGCAUUCAGAGGCAGAACCUGCGAAGGGGACUAAGUCAAGGCCUCCAGAAAGCUCUGAAUGAUACUUCUGCCCAAGCACAGGUGGAGACAGUAUUUGGUUCUCCCAACAUGACGGUGGCUUACCAUGUGACUGGAGGGGACAUGGUUUACCCUCCCUCUGUGGUGCUUGAAGGCUUGGACGCUUAUGGCCGUGAUAAGCUGAUUUCAGACCUGCGACAGUACCUCCCCAUGGUAACAGCCCUGCCCCUCCCAGUUUCAUUAUGGAGAUCCAGACCAGCCACUGGCUUCCAGCUGAAAACAGUGCUACAGUUUGUGGGAGCAGGCGAUAAUCCCCGGUCCUGUCGCUUCUCUCAAAUGAUGGAGCAGAGGCUGGAGAGGGUGUUUUCUGAAGCUCAGGCCAAAGUGCUCAACAGCAACAACAGACUCUCUGUCCAGAUGCUGAGUGUGUCCCAGGCAGCCGGUUCUCCCGCCGUGUCGUUGGUCUACACUGUGAGGAAUGGGACUGUCUAUCUUAAUGGCACCACGGCCUCAAACCUCCUUGGUCAGCUGUCAGCUGAGCUGGUGGGCUACUUCCUCUUCUACCCACCACUGAUGAUUGCUGAGCCACUGGAGUACCACAAUCUGAACACCUCCAUCGCCACGAGAGACCUCUGGGUUAUUACAGUGAUCCAGGAUGUGGACAACGCCAGCCUGGAGGGACAGUACCAAAGCUUCGCCAGUGUCAUGGAGCAGCGGCUGGCAGAGCUGUUUGUGUUGGCAGGGCAGCAGGGCACCCGGUUCAGACGAGCCACGGCUGUGGGCAGCUACACUGUUCAGAUGGUGAGCAUCCGUAAGUUGUCAGUGUUGAAGAAUCCAGCGGAGAUGACCUACUACGUCCAGCACAAUGGCGUUCCUUUAUCGGGCGCAUCCGCUGCCAAGGUCCUGAACACGGUGGAUUCUCAGACCAUGGCGCUCACCCUGGGCUACUUCGUCCAGCUGCAAGCGGAACCUGUGGUCAAGAACCCUCCUAAUAACCUUUGGAUAAUCGCUGCAGUGUUGGCUCCCAUCGCCGUAGUAACACUCAUCAUCAUCAUCAUCGCCGCUGUGCUGUGCCGGAAGAAUAAAAAUGACUUUAAGGCCGAUGCCAUCGGCAACCUGAAUCCCCGAGCGAAGAUGGCGUAUCGGAGAGACGUGGGCUAUUUUCACCAGCCGGUCCAGGGUUUUGACUACGCCAAGCAGCACCUGGGCCAACAGGGAGGAGAUGAGGAGACCCUGCCUGCCAGUCAGGAUACCUUAGUCAUGUCUCUACAGAUCCGGGACACACCACGCUCACUAGAGAAGGCUUUGCAGCAGGACGGAACUGUCAGCAAGAAGAGCCUCCCCUCUGACAAACACAAGAGCAAGUUGCCGAGCGAGGACGGUUCCGUCAUCAGCAACGAAUCAGAGAAGCUGAAUUCCAGCCGGAGCUUGACGGCGCUGAAAGUCACAGCGCAGCAGAAACGGACCAAGGAGGAGACGUGCAAGAGGGACGAUCCAUAUGACACCUCCUCCGGCUCCGUGCAGCUCGUCUCCAUAAAGCCCGUGGCGGCUCAGCCGCACUACGCACACCCCGCGUCCUCUGACCGCAGCCAGGACUCGGCCAUCGCCAACGGAGAGGUGAACUUGGCUCUGAAGCAGAAGUCAGACAUUGAGCACUACAGAAACAAGCUGAGACUGAAGGCUAAGAGGAAGGGCUAUUAUGACUUCCCUUCCGCAGACGGCGGCAGCGGCGGCGGUCGAGCCGCGGUGCCGAGACAGCGGCACGGCCACGAGAGGGCAGCCGGUGAGCAUGGCAGACCACUGGAGCCUGAUGAUGAGCGAGGUUCCACUUAUGUCAAGUCUCACAGGAGGCACUCCCAAGUCGGGCAGCCGGCCUAUCGCAGCAGACAGAGUCUGAGCAGUCCCAGUCCUGGAGGAACAGAGAUGGACCUGCUCGUGAUGAGGGAGAGGCCCAGGAGAGGCAUCCGCAACAGCGGCUACGACACCGAGCCGGAGUUGAUCGAGGAGACGAAUGUUGACCGUCUCGUGGGGCCACGGGGAUUUAUGUACGGCCAGGGCUUGAAAGGCCACUCGGAGACCUCCACGCUGAGCUCACAGCCGUCCAUCGACGAAGUGCGACAGCAGAUGCACCUGCUGCUGGAGGAGGCGUUCAGCCUGGCAUCGGGGGGCCAGUCCACAUCCGGAAGACAUCACCACCACCACCACCACCACCACCCGCCUCCUGACCACUACGGCCCUGCGCCGCCUCCCCUCCCCUACGCAGACGUGGUGACCAGCGCUCCGGGGACGAUGAGCUGUGGCUUGCAGUGGGUACCGUCCUACGGUGGAGAAAUGUGUCAAUGCAGCCUGCCCAAACCGGCCUUUCGCUUCACCCAGCUUCCUGAGAUGGCCACGGGCUGUCCUCCCCCUUUACCGCCUCGUAAUGGACCCCCUCCCGGGACCUCCUUAAGGCGUUCAUCUUCUGACUUGGGACCGAAAGCGAGGAGCUCAGCGACGUCUGUCCCUGAGAUGCAGAGUCAAUAUGACAACAACCCGUACGGGCCGACACCCAGAGCAGCACUUCCAUCUCUCACUGCAGAGCAGCCUGUGUCCAACUACUCAGGAAACCCAAUAACAGCCGUCUAUGCCAUCCCAGCCACCAGGCCCGGCUACUCAGAGUACUUUGUCUCCACGCCAGCCACGUCCUACCACAGCCCCUCCUGGAUGUCCUAUCCACCUGAACCGGAGGACGUGCCGCCACAGUGGGCAGACUCCGUUCCUCUGCCUGGGUAUUUCGAGGCUUUUCCUCAUCCCCGCUACCCCCAGGGGAGCCCCACCAGGCUGCCCCUGCAGUACAACCAGGCGCUGGAGCAGCCACCCACGUCCUCCAGCACCGCAUCCCAGCAGAGGCUGCCUCAGGCGGUGAAGGACAUGGACAGCAUGCCCCUGAGCAGCCUCUCCACCUCGGCACUCGUGCAGGCCAUCCGGCUGGAGGUGGCCAAGCUGGCGAAGAAGCAGAACGACGUGUUUGAGUUUUAAUUUGUAUUUCUCCCCUCUUGUAUGCAAGAUAUGGUAAAACUGUGGAUUGGUCUUCAACAGUACACAACGUUUUUUUUGACCUUUUUACUGUAACAAUACCCACUGAUUGAUUUUUGUUUACACACCCUGGGGUGUAUUGCAGCUCCUGAAAAGAUUGUUUUAUUUUUAGAAGAAAAAAAAUGCCAUCCUCUAUUGAUGAUGUCCAAAGUAACUACAUGCAAUUUUUCUUCUUUUUCUAUGAGAAGAGGGGGAAAAAAAGUAGCAUUAUUGUCAGUACUAAGAAGACCAAAUACUUUCUGUCAGAUGCGAUAAGUAUAACCACAGUGUAUAAGAGCAUGUACAGUAUUUGGACAUCAUCUAUCUUUUCUUCUUUUAUGAAUCGUUAGCUUCAACAAAACGAUCUAAAUCAAAAUCACUUCAUUCAGGCAUCCGUACCACAUCAAUCCACCACCAACUCUUCACUUUAUUUCCACAUCAGAUACCAACACCAUAAGAGCUACUUCAAAUUGAGAAUAUAUAUGUAUCUGCCUUUUUCAUGUGCCCAAUUGAACAUGAAAUCUUAAGUUGCACCUACGAUGAUGUCACUCAUAAAUGGACAUUCUUGCAUUUAUAUAUCUGAAAAUAUAGAAAAGCAUCUAUCUCUCAUAUUUUUGGGUGCGCACAAAGUACAUUGACUUGAUUGACAUCGCGUAAAUACUUAAAAACAUGACCUUUUAGAAACCCUUAUGAAACAGUAAAGUUAUUUCAUAUUUGCACAGAGUUUUAUGAAUAGCCCAUGCACGGGCGUUAGGAUGCAAAGAUGAUUUAUUGCACAUUCAACUCCAAAAUCUUUUCUCACAAAACAAAUGUCCUUUGCUCUUGUUCAGUUCAGCUCUAAACAAAGUGAGCCUUGUUUGUUUACUGGCCUUCAGGCGUCUGAAUGGUCUCAAUGGGUGCAUUUCAUGAAUGAAGACAAAGUUCAUGUAAACUACUGACCUAAUGAAGGUCUUACAUCAGUACUCCUGUUCUAAGAAGUUUUACGUGCACAAACCAUUGUGUAACCUUGUGAAUGUCUGCCUGAGUGUCGACUCUGAAUCAGUGGACAGCACAGUAGUUUUAUUUUCCCAAGAAAGGUUUCAGCAGCUCUUUGUUCAGUGUAUCAACGUGCCCUGGAAUCAUCCAGUUUAAAUAUGCUGAGGUCGACGUUUACCUUCAAAAGCUAAUUGAUGAAUUGCAAAAAAACUUUAAACUGCUCCUUCACAUUAGAAAUCAAUAUGAAUUAUGAUAGAAAUCAUCUACAUAGGUCAUGAGAGCAUCACCAUUGAAGAAGCGGUCAAAUUAGAUGAAACAAAAGACUGCAGACGUAAAUAAAAUCCUAAUGAGCCUUCUGAUAGCUAAGGACAUUUAGGAAACUCGUGCUUGCUCGUAUUAUUCCAGCAGCGGAGGUUAAAUCUCUCAUGAGUGGAAGAUCGGGACAGUCAUGAUCCAAUUAAGCUUUUUGAUGACAUGAUUGAAUUAAUAUCUUGAAGCUGCACAUUUAUCUGCAUCCCUUAAUUGGCCAGUCAGACCGGAGCCGCCAUACCAGGCAGUGCACAACACUAAACUACAAACUAUUCAAUGGAAGAAAAAGUCAUUAAAUCAUUGCACACUUUCUCAGAAAGACUUGCAUUUCCCAGUGGCAUACAUUCCUUCAAUUGUUUCCUGAUGAGCCUGUACCUGUAGGCCUGUACAGGUGCUGUGAUGCAGUGGUUCUCAACCCUUUUUAAAAAAGUGAUGUACACACUCUGGAAUUUUCUUUUUCAGCCAAGUACCUCCCAACCAGCGCAAGGCAUUUUUGGUUGAAAAAAUGAUGUAAUAGUUUAUGAACACACACUUAUAUUUUAUUGAAUUUCCCCAGGGGUACACAUACCCCCAUUUGAGAACCACUGCUGUAAUGUGUUUGCAUAAACAUUGAGAUGCUACUGUUACUAUAUUAUUGAAAAUCACAUGGAAACUGAUGAGUAACGUCUAAGCUGGCAUACGAUAGAUGGCAGUUGUGACAUAAGAAAGAUGUGUGAAAAUGGCUUCAUAUAAUUUCAUUUCAUUGGACAGUAUUGUUAUUAUAGCAAUCAUGGAAGAAUUUAGCCUUUUUGCAUUAUGGAUCCUUGUCCUGUUCCAAGAAAUUUUCUUUUAUACUCAUGCCUGUUGGUGUCUAAAUAGGUAUAAGGAAAAACUGUAUGUCUUAUACACAACAAGAACUUUGUUGUUGCUUUUUUUCCCAAUAUUCCUUUAACCCAUUAUUCAGAGGAGCACUUCAUGUCUUAAGAACUGUACUUAAUACAGUCAAACCAUUUUGUGUUUACCAGAAGUGAUGGAUCAUUGAAAAUAUUUUGCGAUAUUAAAUAAAAUACAUAUUAAAAAAAUUAUUCAUUCAAUAAAAUGAUACAUAAAGUGAGCUAAACCUAUUAAAAUCAAUGUAUUUUUGUCUCCCUAACAGGAUUCUCAUUUCCUUUUCUCAUGUGCUUGAUCUUGUCAUAUUUGAUGUUCCUCUGAGAUUGAUUUGAAAGUGAGACAAAUGGAGAAUGAAAGAAAUAUUAGCCUACAUGAUUGAAAUUAAAUAAAAGAUUUUAAUAGACAAAUCAA